UCUCUCUCUCUCUCUCACAUCCACAGGCUUUAUUAUAACACGCAGUGCAAGUGCAGGCUCACUCGUUGUACAGUCACAUGAAAUAAAGUGGAUGUUAUGCAGCUUAAUCUGACAAAAAAAAACUGUCCCGGUAUUUUUACAACUAUCUCAAGGUAAUGUGGACAGUGACAAAGCUUCACCAAACAGCUGCAAGCUAACAGUAGCGUUGGCGGAGAGGAUCCAGUGCAGUGCAGCUAGCUAACCUCACAGCUGUUGAAGGCUCCAGAACCUGCACCGUCUCACCCUCCAUCCCACCCCGCUGGAAGUAACGCUACCGCCCGGGAGGAGGACAUGAACGAGCUGGUGAAGAGUUUGCCUUCCCCGACUCUCCCGGGGAUCCUCCUGCCCUGUGCGGAUACCUACAAAGGCUGGCUCUUUAAAUGGACCAACUACCUGAAAGGCUACCAGAGACGGUGGUUCGUCCUCAGUAACGGCCUGCUGUCCUAUUACAGGACUCAGGCGGAGAUGGCACACACCUGCCGGGGCACGAUUCCUGUUGCAACAGCAAACAUUGAGGUGGGUGACACCUGCCACUUUGUGUUAACAAGCGGAGGAAGAAACUACCACAUGAAGGCCACCUCUGAUGGAGAGUGUCAGCGAUGGGUGUCAGCCCUGCAGCAAGCAAAAGCCCAUGCCACUCCGCUGAUGCCUCACUCAGAUGACUCAGGGGAUGAAGGCCCUGGACCUCAGGAAGAUCGAGCCCUAACCCAAGGGGUGCUCAAGAGUCUGGCCAGCAAGCUAGAUGACCUGAGCACCUGUAAUGAGCUGAUCGGGAAGCACGGCGCCGCCCUCCAGCGCUCCCUCAGCGAACUUGAGGAUCUGCGUGGAUCUGUUGAUAGCACAGACAGAGUUAAAGCUGUUAAUGAGCGAGCCACCCUUUUCCGCAUCACCUCCAAUGCUAUGAUCAAUGCUUGUCGUGACUUUCUGGACGUAGCUGAAUCUCACAGCCGGAGGUGGCAGAAGGCCCUGCAGUAUGAGAGAGAGCAGCGUCACCAUCUGGAGGAGACCAUCGAACAGUUAGCCAAACAGCACAACAGCUUAGAGAGAGCCUGGAGGGAGAAUCCCACCUCAUACACAGGUGUGGAGCGGUCUCAGGGGGGGGAGGCGAGUGAUGAGAAUGACGAGGCCGAGUUCUUUGAUGCCAUGGAGGACUCCCCUGCAUUCAUAACUGUUACUACGAGUGGAAACAUACAACACAAGCGCUCAGGGAGUAAUCAGAGUAUGAUGAGUGGAGGAGUGUCCAAUGACUGGAGUCACAAUGAGAAUGAUACCUCAGGUACAAACCACAUGCAGCUACGAAGAACGAGACGCAGCCGUAUUCCUGACAAACCAAACUACUCCCUCAACCUGUGGAGCAUCAUGAAGAACUGCAUCGGCAAAGACCUGUCCAGGAUACCCAUGCCUGUAAACUUCAACGAGCCGUUGUCCAUGCUGCAGCGUCUGACUGAAGAUCUGGAGUACAGCGAGCUUCUGGACCGGGCAGCUCGCUGCGACUCCUCUCUGGAGCAGAUGUGCCUGGUAGCUGCUUUUUCUGUCUCCUCCUACUCCACCACAGUCCAUCGCACAGCCAAGCCCUUCAACCCACUGCUGGGGGAGACGUACGAGCUGGACCGACUGGAGGAGUAUGGUUAUCGCUCCAUCUGUGAGCAGGUCAGUCAUCAUCCACCAGCUGCUGCCCACCAUGUGACAUCACAGCGAGGAUGGACUCUGUGGCAGCACAUCACCAUUGAUAGCAAGUUUCGUGGGAAAUAUAUUUCUGUCAUGCCUUUUGGAAACAUUCACCUGCAGUUCCACUCAAAUGGAAACCACUAUGUGUGGAGCAAAGUGACUUCAACAGUGCAUAACAUUAUUGUGGGGAAGCUGUGGAUUGAUCAGUCUGGAGACAUUGACAUUGUAAACAACACGACAAAGGACACCUGCCGUCUCAAAUUCUCCCCAUACAGCUACUUCUCCAGAGAUGUCCCUCGUAAAGUGACAGGAGUAGUAGAGGACAGAGAGGGCACAGCACAUUACAUCCUGUCAGGGACGUGGGACGACAAGAUGGAGAGUGCCAAAAUAGUGGACAGCAGCCAGGGAUGCGGGGGAUCAGAAGGCAAACAGAAGACAGUUUAUCAGACUCUUCAGCCCAAGCUGUUGUGGAAGAAAUACCCUCUACCAGACAACGCAGAGAAUAUGCACUAUUUCUCCUCCUUGGCUCUGACUCUAAACGAGUCAGAGGAUGGCGUUGCUCCCACUGACAGUCGUAUGCGGCCGGACCAGCGUCUGAUGGAGGCGGGAUUGUGGGACGAAGCAAACUCUGAGAAGCAGCGGCUGGAGGAGAGUCAGAGGCUGGAGAGGAAAAGAAGGGAGGCACAAGCAACACAGGCACUGGAUGAAGGGCAAGACAUCGAGGGUUACCAGCCACUGUGGUUUGAGAAGAGGACUGAUGAUUCGUCAAGAGAACACACCUACAUGUACCGGGGCGGCUAUUGGGAGGCCAAAGACAGACAGGACUGGAGCCAAUGUCCUGAGAUCUUUUAGGACGUGAAUUCCUCUCACAACGUGUCAUCAGACACGCUGAAAUGUUCCUCUUCAUGUAAGGAAACCCUGUGCGUUAAGGACUAUUUUUUGGGUGUGUGCGUGUGUGUGUGUGUCUGUGUGAGAGUGAACCAGCUGUUUAACGUAGCUCCUGGAAUUUGAAGCACAAAACAGCUCCUGUUUCCACCUACUUAUCUCCUCUCUUCUGCUCUGUUACACUUUGUGUUUGCAGAAUGCAUGGCCUCAGUCUAUGUGUGCUGUGUAAACGCUUAUUCAGCACUGCAGGGAACUUAGACUUCAGAGCACAUAAAGUUCUCAUGUGUGUCUAUGGAGCAUAAAUACUCUUCACAUGCUUCACAAAGACAUGAUUCCUGCGCCAAACACACUUAGUUUAGUAGGGGAGUGAAACUCGGAGACAAGGGGGGCUGCAUUUGCUUUGGUGCAAGUACUGAAUGUCUUGUUCUCCAGAAAGCCAGUACAACGUGUUCCUCAUGCUGGUCUCCGACACAGACACAAGCUUUUAAAAGGACCCCAAUAGGACAACUCAUGCUCAUGUGCUAAAAGGUUUCUCACACAGAAUUCCAUCGUCUGAUCCACCUGAUCACUGGAGAUGUUUGCUGUUCUCCCUCUUAAGAUUAAAAUAGUAUCUUUAAGUGUAUACAUGUAUGUUCCGUUUUGAACUUGUACAAAUUCACAACAGACAGCCUGUUUUACAAACUGAGAGCAUGGAGUUCUUGGAGUUUGCGAAGUUGGGCGGGUCUAACUGGAGUUGCAUUGUGGGAGAUGUAGGACCCAGCGUUUUUAGUGGCUGAUGCAUACAGAGGAUUUAAAGUCAGGAUACCAAAACAUAAACUGCACUGCUCUAUGUAUCAGAUAUAUAUUAUAUUAGAUUUCUCAUGACUGAACUUCUGAAAUGUAAACCUGCUUAACCUGGGGGAUUUAUUUUGGUGCUAAAUGUUAAUUUUAGCCUUAAUUUUGUGAAGAUGUAUAAAGUCUCUUGUAAACACUGCAUCAAAACAGAAAGAUGUAGUGCAGCUUAAAGAUACAAUCUUUCCUUCAGGGGUACUUGCAUGAAUACUUCAAAUUGAAUUGUAUUUUAUUAAGUAAAAAUUAAACUCAAAAUAUCAAGUUAAAUAUUUUGGUAAGAAGCAACAAACUUGUUAUCCCUUUCUGAAACAAUAAGAAUGGCUGGUCCUGUGAAGGGUUUCUUUCACUAAAUUGUUUCAUGUUAGCAAUAACUACAUGGUCACUUGAGAAUUUGAAAAAGUCCCAGGUCAGGAAGGUUUUUUAUGCAGCAAAAAAGUUGAAUCCACAUUAUUCAGUUAGUUUAAGAUUGUCAUGUGAUAAAACCUGAUGUAUACACAGAAAUCAGAAAACCACUUAAAGAAAGCCUUAGCAUAACGUAUGCUAAGGCUUUUUGUGCAAGCAAGCACUAUUGUAGAUGAGUAGUGAAUGUACAUUCUAUAUCUAACCAACUUAUGAAUAGAUUUCAGCUUCCCGUGUAUCGUACAUGCAUUGGAUGGUUGAUUUUUUUGCCUGUUUAUAGCAAGAAAUGAAUAGAGAUAGUAUCACUAUUAAUAGUCGCUGUAAGAAGUUAUUGUUUCACAUUACUUGAACAUUCACAUAUUGGUCGCCACUUCAACUCUAUUUGUGUAUAGAUCAUUUUAAUGGAGUCAAGAUUGUAUACCAGCUCAUGAGAUGUUGGGGAAAUAAAGAUGAUGGUUUUAAGUUACCAAAUGAAGUUAAGAUACAGUAUGUAUAAUAUUUACGAUGCAAGUGAGGUGUCGUUCAGAACAAGCACAAUAUAACGUUUUUCUGCAGGUAAUGAAAAAUACAUGCUUCAUAGACUCAAAGUUUUCCAUGGUAACACAUAGCUAUGCAUGGUUUUAGAGUGCUGAAGCACUUAUGUAGUGAAAAGCCUCUUCACCUAGAUAAUUGUUUGUUGACUCUUACUGAAACAUGAUGUGAACUCACCUUUUGUGCCCUAUGACCUCAGAAAUUUGACAUUUUUGAGCUCAAUAAAAACAUAAAGCUGUCA